ACCAUUGCGACUCUCGAGUUUCGACGCGCAUUGAAAACUGUACACACAACUCCUCGGCAUGUAAACAAACUUCAAAACACGCGAGUGACCGCGAGUGCAAAUGUGAUGAAACGUGUCGUGCGUUCUGAUAUCUUUCAUUCGGACAUUACACGAUUAUUGAAGGUUAUACGCACAAGACGAACCAACCACAUGAACUGGAACGGGAUGAAACUGUUGAAGAAACCCGAUCCGCGAUCUGCAUAUCCGCAGGGAGUGCGAUGCCAAAAGUGCCUGGAGAUGGGGCACUGGAGUUAUGAGUGCAAAGGCAAGAGGAAAUACCUACAUAGAUCUUCUCGCACUUCGCAGCUGAAGAAGGCUAUGCAAAAGCAAGAGAAUGGUGAUGAUCAAGAGCAAGAAAAAGAGGCAAAGCACCAUCAUAACAGUAAGAAAAUGAAGAAAGAGGAUUCCAGCAAUUCAAGCGACUGGAGCAGUUGUAGCACCUCCAGCAGCGAUAGCAGCAUAAAUUCUAGUAGUAGUAGUAGUAGUAGUAGUAGUAGUAGUAGUAGUAGUAGUAGCAGUAGCAGUAGUUCCUCGGAUAGCGAAUCGGAUUCUAGCGAUAGUGUGUCUAGUAGCAGCAAUAGCAGUUCUAGUAGUAGCAACAGCAGUCACGGUUCCUACAAAAAGAAAUAACACAGAUGCUAUUGUGUGAAAUGAGACAUCGAGAAGAAAUUUCUUUUUCACUGUCUCUGGCUUUUGACAAAAUAUUGUUCUGAGUACAAUGUCAUUUUGCAUUUCAGCAAAAUGACUCCAGAGAGGAAAGAGCAAGUUGAAUUUUGCGACAAAAUUCUUUAUGCCUUUUGUACAAGU